AUCCACCCCUUUGAAUGCUCACUUCUCUUCGAGUUCCUCACACUCACACCUGAAAAAGAAAAACAAAAUGAAUCCCGAAGAGAGAGAUUCAGACAGAGAUUCUCUCUCCCAAGUUCUCCCAAACACUUCAAAAUCAGUUCAGAUUCAGAUGGCAAACCCUUCAGCCGGUCAAGAAGAUCCUGUUCUUGAUCUCGAAAAGAACACCACCACCACCACUACCACUACCACUACUGAUCACGGUGGUGCGAACGAGAGGUCUAAGUGGCUACUUGACUGUCCCGCGCCACCGAGCCCGUGGCUCGAGCUCAAGACCCAAGUCAGAAACACCUUUGUUCCUCGAGCCAAGCGGUUCAAGUCACUUCGCAACAAGCCGAUCCCUGAACGCGUCUUUUGUAUCCUCAAAGCGGUUUUCCCAAUCUUGGGUUGGUGCAGAAACUACAAAGCCUCCAUGUUCAAGAACGAUCUCAUGGCGGUUCUCACUCUCGCUAGCCUCUGCAUUCCUCAGAGCAUUGGUUAUGCAACUCUGGCGAAACUUGACCCUCAAUAUGGAUUAUAUUCGAGUGUGGUUCCGCCUCUGAUUUACGCGUUCAUGGGGACUUCAAGAGAGAUAGCUAUUGGACCAGUGGCUGUGGUUUCUCUCCUCAUAUCUUCCAUGCUGCAGAAACUAACCGACCCUGAAACUGAUCCCAUUGGUUACAGGAAACUGGUUUUAACAGCAACGUUUUUCGCUGGCGUUUUCCAAGCCUCUUUCGGAUUGUUCAGAUUAGGGUUUCUGGUGGAUUUCCUGUCACACGCGGCGAUUGUUGGGUUCAUGGCGGGAGCAGCCAUUGUUAUUGGACUUCAACAGCUAAAGGGUUUGCUCGGAAUCAGUAACUUCACCACCAAGACAGUAAAGAUCACCCCUCACUCUAUCAUCAUCAUCGUAGUUUCAACCAUCAGAAUCUCACCGCUCGUUUUUUUUUUUGUUUGUUUUUUAUUACAGUGGAGCCCCCACACCUUCAUCCUCGGAUGCUCCUUCCUUAUUUUCAUCCUACUCGCCCGCUUCAUCGGCAAGAAGAACAAGAAACUGUUCUGGAUACCGGCGAUUGCCCCACUGGUCUCUGUGAUCGUCGCAACGUUCAUGGUUUUCAUCACCAAAGCCGACGAGCAUGGCGUCAAGACCGUGAGGCACAUCAAAGGAGGCUUGAAUCCCAUCUCCAUGCACGAUCUUGAGUUCACCAAUCCACAUAUCGGAGAAGUCGCAAAGAUCGGAUUGAUCGUUGCUGUUGUUGCUCUUACUGAGGCAAUCGCGGUCGGGAGGUCGUUCGCUGGCAUAAAAGGGUACAGACUUGACGGCAACAAGGAAAUGGUCGCCAUUGGAUUUAUGAACGUCCUUGGCUCCUUCACUUCUUGCUACACUGCUACUGGAUCUUUCUCCCGGACGGCGGUGAACUUUGCGGCGGGGAGCGAGACGGCGAUGUCGAACAUAGUAAUGGCAGUGACGGUGUUAGUGGUGCUCCAAUGUCUGACGAGGCUUCUCUAUUACACUCCCAUCGCCAUUCUUGCUUCCGUCAUCCUCUCCGCUCUUCCCGGUCUCAUCGAUCUCAACGAGGCCUAUCGCAUUUGGAAACUCGAUAAAUUCGAUUUCCUCUCUUGCAUCGGAGCUUUCUUCGGCGUUUUGUUCGCGUCCGUCGAGAUUGGCCUCCUCGUCGCGGUGGCGAUCUCAUUUGCGAAGAUCAUUCUUGUUUCGAUCCGACCAGGGAUAGAGACGCUUGGGAGAAUGCCCGGGACAAAUAUCUUUGCCGAUACCGAUCAGUACCCUAUGGCAGUCAAGAUUCCUGGAGUGUUUAUUGUCCGUGUCAAAUCCGCAUUGUUGUGCUUUGCCAAUGCCAAUUUCAUAAGAGAAAGGUAUAUAUACAUACAUACACAUAGAAGAGGAGAAGAAGACAAGAAGGGCAAUAUGCAAAAGAACAUUCUCCUCGUAGCUCUUGACAUGUCAAAUUUGAUAAAUAUCGAUACUUCGGGGAUUGAGGCUUUGGUGGAACUCCAUAACAAUCUUACCAAAUACGGGGUUGAGCUGGCGAUCGUAAAUCCGAAAUGGGAAGUGAUUCACAAGCUGAGUCAAGCGAAGUUCGUGAGCAGAAUUGGCGGGAAAGUCUACGUGACCAUUGGGGAAGCCCUAGAUGCAUGCAUCGGGUUAAAAGUUUAAUUAGAAAUAAAUAAAUUAUAUAUAUGUAUUGUUAGUUUCGGUGUGUAAUGUAUGUGAACUUGGUAUUGCUUACCUUGCGAGCAUGAUGAUGUAUUGUAGCUAGGUGUAUCGUCAUGCGCAUGCCAUAUGGUACGUAACCUUAGGCAUGCUAAAUAAAAGCCAUGCACGCUAUUGUAACAAAGUUGGUGUUUGUAUUAUGUCACGACGUGUGUCAAGUUCGUGUUAUAAAUUUAUUAGUGUGGCCCUCUAAUAAACAAAAUGCUAUUUUAAUUA